AGAGCUAGCUGCUUUUUUCCUGCCCACACUGUCCCAAGCCAUUCCUUUUAAUACAUGUCACCUGAUUUGAAAUUGGUAUGCUUUUAUCACCAAGAGUUGGAUUGGAAGAGACGGUGUUCUCUUCUGCCAUAAUGAUCGAUUCUCAUACUCAAUUCCCCACUUUGGGACAAAGAUGACCAACUUUGUAUUAUUACCCACUCCCAAUCAGAGAGGGACACACUCGUCAGAUAUCCAUCUCACACAUGUACCUGAAUUUGGAAUUGGAUUAAAGAAAAGGCAUCUUUGGGGAUCUGAACAAGCAGCAGCUUGACCUCACCCCAGAAAGCCCAGGGCAAUCUGUUUUCCCACUGUAAACAUUGCUUCCUCCCCCAUAUCACUUGACCACCACCCCAUGCCCUGGCUUUUUUUUUUUUCCCCUCAAUAAAUAUUUUGGUUUGGUUGUAAGCUGUCUUAGUCUUAGUGGGGGUGGGGUCGGGUGCAAGGGAGUAUUAGGGAAUAGGAGUCCAAGUAGCAUUGUCUUGAAAAAGGAGGAAUCAUAGUUAUCAGCCAUGGCAGAAACUUAGAAAUUGGAGAAAAGAAAUAGCUAGUGAAUCCGAGAAAAAUGAGUUGGGUAUACCAAGAUAUUAGACUUAGACUCCUUUGGGAUAAAAAGUGACCCCUUAGUCUGUGAGACAAAAUUAUCCAAACCUCUUACUGGAAGAGAAUUGUAUUUACAUACAUUUUUGAAGAGACUUUGACAGAUUGCCCUGAGCUUAGCCCCACUUUCAGCCACCUUCCUAAUCCUCACUCCAGUUCCUUAUUAUGUUCAAGGUCCUGGAAAGGAAAAGAGUAAGUUGGAUAUUAGUGGGCCGGUGCUUUAGAACUACAGGUGAGUGGGAGGGGUAGAAAUGAUGACAUCAACAGGGAAGGAGGUGGGGCUCAGAGGUUAGUAGGUAAAACGCUAGUUCCUUAGAGAAGGCAACAAUUCCUCUGGAGCCUUCCUGUAGUCAUGGGAAAGAAACAAGAUGAGAUUUAUGGUAAGGCUUGGGGCUAGAUACCUAGGAACCUGGGAAUUGAAGGGUCUGAUUAAGGGAGAACGGGUUUAUGGAAUCAAGGGAGGAGCUAGGUCUCUGUAACUUCAAGGGGAUAACUGAGGGGUUUGAUCUCUAGAAAACAGAGGAGGAAAAGAGACUGCUUAUGUUUGGAGGGGCAAAGAGCAGGAUUUAACUGGGUUCUUUGAGAUAGGAGGAAGGAUAAGAGUUAAAAGGAUACAUGCUGGAGGCUGGAAGAACUAUGUGCUUGGGUUGUUGGAAGAUGGAUGGAGGAUUGGGCAUAUGGAUUCCUCUGAUAGCUAAAGGGAAGAAAAAACCCUGAGAGCCUUCUGAAGCUUAGGGGAAGAAUCCUCUCAGGAGACAUAAUAUCUAGAUUUCUGAUGGUUGGGGGAAAUUGGAUUCUUGUAUUCUGUAGAGAAAAGACUAGGAAAUUGAACCCCUGAAUUACUAAAGUGAGAGGGACUGGAGGAAAGGAGCCAUUUAGAGUGCCAAAUAACUAUGUCCCUUUAGGGAAUCAGGAAGGGGAGGGUGCGUCCCUAUGGACUUCCUGGAGACAGGUACAGGUCAGUGAUUGACCUUUAGUCUAAGGAAAAGGAACAGUCCGGGGCAAUUGUGGAAAACAGAUACCCCCUGCUCUUUUUCUUUACUUCUGGUUCUUUCCAAUACUUUUCUGCCUCAUCCUACUCCUUCAAGAAGACCCUGGAAUUCUUAUUAUAACUGUCUCGUCCCCUCUCACAGUGUAUGCUAUAGGUGUAUGUGCUCCACAGAGUUUGUGUCCACAAUCUGAGCAAUACAGUUCCAGCUCUUCCAAGCCUUCUCCACUAGAACCUGGAGAACGAACCCAGGAAGCUGAGCAGAAAGGAUAUAUAAAUCCCUGAGAAAGAUGAGGAGCGAAGGGCAUUCCAAGGGUUAAUUUUUUGUUUAUACAAUCUGGAAUCCCCUGACGAAAAUGAUGCCAGCCUCCAGGUCUCCUUACCAGCUGUUGCUUCUCAUAUCCUGCAGGCAGGAGUGAGGAUUCUGUACAGGAAGUUCUUGCCCAGAGGGCUAAUAAAUUAAAAACUGCAGAGUGGUGAGUUGAGAGUAACAGAAAUUGAUGAAGAUUGGAGAGAAGAUGGAUUGACAAAAGAUCCAAAUUAGACUGGAAAGGGAGAGUCCUGACUAGAGAGAGGGAGUUAAGGUGAUGGCUAUUUCCUGGGCUCAAGGCCACUGAGGUGUGAACCGGAAAAAGGUCUGAUAAGCAUAUAGAUCUAAGGCGGGGUUGGGGAGGAGUCUCCACAGCCUGUUAACCUGACUUUCCCAAUUCCCUUCUCCCAGUCUCCUUACCCCCUACCCCCACCAUCUCUGUCACUUUUUGUCUCUUCUUUAUCUCCCUUUCUGUCCCCAUCUCCCUCCUUCUCUCUGUCUUUUCCUUCUCUCUGCCAGUGAAGUAUAGGGUUAAUGAAAAAGGGUACUUGGCAGCAGAGGGGAAGGGCAAAAGGGCUUGGGCUAGCUAACCUUAAGGAGGAAAGGAAGGAAUUUGUCUGGGAAAGACAAGGCUGCCCCACAAAGUGACAUCAUUCAAUGCUAAUCUAUGUGGUUCUGAGCUGCCUUACUUCACUCUCCCCCUUAGGGAAAGCUGUCAAAUAUGAUCCCACUUUCAAAGGCCCCAUCAAGAACAGGAGUUGCACUGAUGUCAUCUGUUGUGUCCUCUUCCUGGUGUUCAUUGCAGGCUACAUUGUUGUAGGGAUUGUGGCCUGGUUAUAUGGAGAUCCUCGGCAACUUCUUUAUCCCAGGAACUCUACAGGAGCCUAUUGUGGGAUUGGAGAGAACAGAAAGAAGCCAUACCUCUAUUACUUCAAUAUCCUCAGUUGUAUCACGGCUACUAGUAUUGUUACAGCCACUAUGGAUGGACUUCGGUGCCCUACUACCCAGAUCUGUGUUUCUUCCUGUCCUGAUUCAUAUUGGAUGGUGAAUCCUGUUCAGAUGGCUCAGUCUGUGAAGGAUGUCUUCAAUUCAUCCCUGAUCUUCUGCCAGCCCAGUGUCAAUCCAGAAAUGGAAGUGAUUUCAAGUCUGCAACUGGAGCUCUGUCCUCCUUUCCUCCUGCCCUCUACUCCAGCUCUGGGCCGAUGUAUGCCUAUCAAAUCUGAGAUUCCUCCUGACUCUCCAUUGAACACGACCAGUAUCACUCAAGGCAUCAAUGGUCUCUUGGACACCCUUAAUGCCCGAGAAAUCAGCACCAAGAUUUUUGAAGAUAUUGCUCAGUCCUGGUACUGGAUCCUAAUUAACCUGGCUAUAUCUCUGGUCUUGAGCUUAUUGUUUUUGCUGUUACUUCGCCUUGUGGCGGGACCCCUGGUGUUGGUGCUGAUUUUGGGAGUGCUAGGAGUUCUUGCAUAUGGAAUCUACCACUGUUGGAAGGAAUACAAGAUACUUCGGGAUAAAGGAGCUAAGAUUUCCCAGCUGGGCUUUACCACCAACUUUGCUGCCUAUCAAGAUGUGCAAGAGACCUGGCUAGCUGCUUUGAUUAUGAUUUCCAUCCUGGAGGGGAUUCUUCUGCUGCUUUUGAUCUUCCUCAGACAAAGGAUCCGGAUAGCCAUUGCUCUCCUUGAGGAAGCCAGCAAGGCUGUGAAGCACAUGACAUCCACCUUGUUUUUCCCAUUCCUGACUUUUGUCUUCCUGCUCAUAUGUGUGGCUUAUUGGGUUAUGACAACUCUGUAUCUGGCCACAUCUGGACAACCUCAGUAUGGAUGGUGGGUUUCCAAUGACAGUGACGCAAGCUGUCAAGAUGUCAUCAAUAAAACAUGUAAUCCCCUGGUCAAUUUCUCCAGCCAACUCAAUUUCUCCAUUGCCAAGUGUCCAGGUCUAAAUUGCCAAUUCCUAGGUUACUCCUCUUCUGGGCUAGUCCAGCGUUCACUAUUUAAUCUGCAGAUCUAUGGGAUCCUAGGAUUGCUUUGGACACUGAAUUGGGUGUUGGCCUUAGGGCAGUGUGUCCUGGCUGGAGCCUUUGCUUCCUUUUAUUGGGCCUUCAACAAGCCCCAGGAUAUCCCUUCCUUUCCUCUCAGUGCUGCUUUCUUCAGGACUCUCCGUUACCAUACAGGAUCCCUGGCCUUUGGAGCCUUGAUCUUGACUGUGGUCCAAUUAGUGAGGAUUGUCUUGGAGUACUUGGACCACAGAUUAAGAGGAGCCCAGAACUCCCUGACCAAAUGUCUUAUGUGUUGUCUCAAAUGCUGCUUUUGGUGUCUGGAAAAAUUUCUCAAAUUCUUAAACCGAAAUGCAUACAUCAUGAUUGCUAUUUAUGGGAAGAAUUUCUGUAUUUCUGCUAAAAAUGCCUUCAUGCUGCUCAUGAGAAACAUUAUUAGGGUAGUUGUCCUAGAUAAAGUGACAGAUUUGCUGCUCUUCUUUGGAAAACUGCUGGUGGUUUCAGGAGUUGGCAUCCUCUCUUUCUUUUUCUUCACUGGCCGAAUCCCAGCCUUGAAGGAGGAAUUUCGUUCUCCCAACCUCAAUUAUUUUUGGCUCCCAGUCAUGAUAUCCAUCCUUGGUGCUUAUGUCAUUGCUUCUGGCUUCUUCAGUGUCUUCAGUAUGUGUGUGGACACUCUUUUCCUCUGUUUCUUGGAAGACUUGGAGCGGAAUGACGGCUCCCUGGCCAAGCCCUACUAUAUGCCCAAGAACCUCAUGAAGAUUCUGGGGAAGAAGAACGACAUCACCUCCAAGGGAAAGAAGAAAAAGGCGAAAUAACCAAACCAGAAGAUUCUCACUCCGGUUUCAGUCCCCAGUCCUUGCCUCUCCCCCCCUUCCCAGUUCCCUAAGCUUCCAGAUAAGGAUCUUAUAAUCUGCAGAGUUUAAUAAAAGCAUUUCCUCCCACAAACUGCUCGCGUCUC